AUGAUGUUACCAUCAUUAUUAUUCUUAUACACGUUAAUAAUACUUGUACAAUGUAAUAUAGAAAAUAAUGCAACGUAUUCCACAACCGCUUCUACGUCUACGCCAAUGCUUGCUCCAGUCAGUAAGGCAAAUAACUAUGCGUCAACUACACCUAGAACUACAGAUAAUGCUGAAAAUGUAAUGACUAUACUACCAAGAAUUCAUAAUGAUCCAGUCAAUGUGACUUAUGUUAUCUUACCAAAUGAAUUUUAUUUAGGCCAAAUAAAUUUAAUUACUGUACGAAGUCGUCAACCAAGAACUAAACUCAGUAUUGCAUUGAAUUUGACUGGAUUGUCAAAAACAAUCAAAGAUAAGAAUGUCUACAAGUUGACUCGAUUGAAUAUAUCUCAAAAUUGGUAUGGUUUAGAUAUUCCCUAUCAAGUUCCUUUUAUCUUUGAUCGUCAAGAAUCGAUUUCGGUUAAAAUGAUAUUUAAUUUUAAGCAUUGUUAUAAAAAGGAUGAAAGGAAACAAGGUGAUGAUGAUGAUGAUGAUAAAAACCUUAAGAGUGUCAGUCAAUGUAUCAAUUACAAAGUUACUGAAAUUGUCCACUCUGUUCAGUUAAAACAGUUACCAAUUGUUAUUAUUGGUGAAACUGAUAAACCAUUGUAUAGACCUGGUGAGUCUGUAAAUUUUCGAUAUUUAGCCUUAAAUAUGAAGACUUUAUCACCGAAAUCAACUUAUACUCCAUUGCCUAAGAAAAAGCUUAUAAUCAGAAGAAAAUCAAAAUUUCAAUUAAUAGAUGUAAAUCAUAAUGAUUUAUCUAAAUUAGAAAAUAUAAUUUAUAAGAAAAUCUAUAUAACUGAUCCUAUGGAUAAUCAUGUUAAACAAUGGUUAAACAUUUCGCCUAAAAAAGCCUUAAGUUUAACUUACCAGUUAUUGAAUAACACUGUUGAAGGUAAAUGGAAAGUGCAUGCUGUUGUCGGACGUCAUUUAAAAGAAACACUUGAAUUCACAGUGAAGAAAUAUACCCUUCCAAAGUUUACCAUAUCAUUAGAAACUCCAAAAGUUUUCAAUUUUGAUUCUGAGUACGUCCGAUAUUCAGUUUGUGCAAAGUAUACAAAUGGACCACCAGUGAAAGGUUCUGUAAAAUCAAUUCUUUGUGUUUGUUCUGAAUAUGCAUGGGAUAAUGAAUAUUCUAAGGAGAAUGAUGAAAAUACUGCAGAAUCGGUAUUAUUAUCUCGUCGGUGUCCAUCUACUGGUUACACAUUAAAUCUUCGACCAUGUAUUAUACAUAAUCAACUAUUACACAGUGAUGGUUGUGCCAGUUUCAAUGUAUCUACUAAACAAUUCGCCUUUUCUACAGAGAAAUAUUUUAAAUGGAAUCAAAUAGGCAUUUUAUGCGCUCAUGUUGAAGAGGAUGGUACUGGUUCUAAGCUAUACAACUGUCUGAAAGGUCAUGAAAUCAAAACUGGUCAACCGAAUUUAAAGUUGGAAUUCCCAAGUGUAUAUAAAUCCAAAUUACCAAUAACUGGGAGAGUGAAAUUAACAAAUCAUGAAAAGAGUAGGAAUUAUAGCGUAAAGAUAUCUGUCUCUGAACAGAAACGGAGCUGUUUUCAGACAGGCAGUGAGAAAGGUACAGAAUAUUACUUCAACACUAUACCACUGAACUCACUAAAUGAAGGUGUAAUCCAUAUACCACCACUACAAUCUGAAAAUUCAAUAUUAAUUGAAGCUGAAUUAAUGUUAACUUUUGAAGUGCAAUUACCCGCAUCACCAUUAUCAUCAGUAAAGUCAACCUCCAAAGAUGCAAGAGAAAAUUCCCCGAAAAAAACUACUUUAGUACAUAUUAAUUACCAUUUAUGGUCUCGUAAACCACGGUCAUCACAAAGCAGUCCAGUUCCUCACAGUGUGACAUUAAAAUCAUGGGAUUCAAUUAGCAAAGUUUACCUACAGUUAUGGCCACCCAGAGAUAGAAUUUUCAUCACAACAUGUCCUAAUACAGUCAAAUUAGUUCUGUUAUCAAACAUACAUUUGUCAGAUAAAAUCAUUUUUAUCGAAUCAAUGGUAAGAGGUGAACACAAGAAGAUUGUGAUACCAGCAAUUGAUAAAAUGACCAGCAACGACAUCACUGAUGAUUGUGUUGAUCGUGAUGAUGAGUUAGGACAUUAUGAGUGUACGGGUGUAAAUCCAGAGGAAAUUAAAUGUUUACCAGGUUGGCAAGGUGAAAAUUGUUUAGUGCCUAUCUGUUCUACAGAUUGUAAUCCUAAAGGUGGCCUGUGUGCAAAACCUGGUGAGUGUCAGUGUAAAUCAGGAUGGAAGAAUGUCAAUUGUGAUAAGUGUGUAGAGCGUAAAAAUUGUUUAUACGGCACAUGUGUUCACGGCAAUGAUUGUGUCUGUGAAGAUGGCUGGACUGGUCAUUAUUGUGAUCGUAAAACUGUAGUUUAUAAAGAAAUUACAAAAGAUAAUGAAAUAAAUACUAAAAAAAGUGUAAAUGGAGUAAAUCCAACUGAUGAAUUGGAAAGUUCUUUCAUUUCUUCCCCUUCGUCAACAAAUUCAUCACAAAUAAAAACGAAACCACUUCGAACACUUUAUCAACGACACAUAGAGUUUACAAUUAAUGGAUCAUGGGGACCAAGCUUUACAGCUAUAAUUUAUAUUCACAAUCAACAAGAUAACGCGUCACCUGAGAUUAUUUCAACUCAAUUAAAUGUGGAAAAUAUUGAAAACUGUACAAGUAAUGCAAUCGCAAUUCAAUCGAAAUCACAUAAAAGUAAUAUAGAAUUUAGUCAAAAUGUCGCACAUCCUGGUAAGAAAAUUCAAAUGACCAUUACUCCUCAAGGUGUAUCAUCGUCAGCAACAUCGUUGAUGGAUCAAGACAACAGUUGUUAUAAUCUAUCAAGAAAACUCUGCAGAAAUAAAGGUCAAUUGUCAAAUGAGUUGUGCUUCAUCAGGAUCUCUGAUACAUCACUAGAUAACUUCCAAGGUGAUAAAAAUUUGAUUAAUUUAAAAUCUUUCACUGAAAAAUUAGUUGAUUAUGCUAUGCAAAGUAGAAAACAACCUUCUAUAGCUACUUCAACACAAGAAGCCUUUCAAGCUGCUGGUUUUCAGAUUGGUUCAACGUAUCCAGAGACAAUGCUUAUUCAUCCUGUAGACGCCUGCCCUCAAUUUUCAAAUCCGAGUAUCUCAGGUGUCCUGUACGAUAUGGGAAUCGGUAAUAACCACGUUGAUCCAGUCAGCACACAAAGUCCAGAAAAACCACGAUUAAGAGACUUCUUUCCUGAAGUAUGGUUGUUUCGAGUGUUGCCAAUCACUGAUCUAAAAAUCAGUCAUGAAGUUGACGCAAAGGCUACGAACACAGAUACUAGUGAAAUCAACAAAUCAAGGGGCAUACAGCUAAGUCUUACAGUACCAGAUACUAUAACAAGUUGGAGAGCAUCAGCGUAUUGUACAACAAAAUCGAAUGGUUUAUGGAUUGGUGAAUCACAAACAGUCACUGUAAAUAUGCCUUUUUAUUUGGAAAUAACGCCACCCAAAGAAAUGAAACGUGGUGAAAUUUUGCAUAUCCCUGUGAGUAUGUUUAUUCUGGAUACAAAGUAUUUACAAAUACCAGAAAAUUCCAACUUAUCAGAAUGUUAUGAAAUCUUAGUUGAUGUACAAGUAAAUAAUGAUGACUGGUUAGUUGUCGGUACAACUAAACACUCUGGUUGUUUGUGUUCCGGUGACAAGACAACUUAUCUCAUCGGAUUACAAGCAAAACGCUUAGGUAAGCUGAACAUAACUGCUGAAGCAUUGGCCAUUAAGAAUAGUCAGUCAUGUCAGUCCAUAGAAUACAGUGAACUUAAAAAUGCUUUAACAGCCCAGUCGAAUAUAUUCAAAAGGAAACGAUUUCAAUCAAAGUUACUAACUGAUAAAAUCCGUCGCCACAUCAAUGUGAUACCUGAAGGUGUUCAACAUGAAACAACUAUCAGUGACAUUAUAUGUUUAAGUGAACAAGAAAAUCAAUCAGAGCGCAAGUUUGAAUUUGUGUUACCUAAAAAUAUGAUUAAGAACUCUCUACAUAGUUAUAUAUCAUAUAGUGAUGAAGUAUUAGGACCUGCUUUGGUCAACUUAGACAAACUUGUACGCCUACCUACUGGUUGUGGAGAACAGAAUAUGGUACUGGUAGCGCCUAAUGUUUACAUAUUAGACUAUUUAAAGUCUACACCAACUAUCAAUGAGAAUAAAGAGAAUUAUAUUGAAGCAGCUAAAUCACACAUUACAUCAGGUUAUGUCCAACAGUUGAAAUAUAGACGAGAUGAUGGAUCCUUUUCUGCUUUCGGUAAGUCGGACAAACAAGGCAGUACAUGGUUGACUGCAUUUGUAGUACGUGUAUUUGCUAAGGCAUAUAAACUGGAGCCAACUUUAAAUAUUGAAUGGGAGAAUCUAUUCAGAGAUGGCGUAAAAUUCUUAAAAACACGUCAAAAUGCUGGCACUGGAUGUUUUGAGGAACAUGGAAAAGUUAUCUAUUCACCAUUACAAGGAGGUAUACUUGGAAGAGAUGGAUCUCAAUUAAAGGAUAUUCUGCUUACUAGUUAUGUUAGUUCAGCUUUGUUUGAAACACAACCAAAUGAGGCUGGCAAUAAUCUAAAUAUUAAGUAUACUAUUAGAGCAAAAGAUGCAUACAACGGUGGAUUGAAAUGUUUAAGUCAAUAUCUUUUGCAACUUGAGUCGUAUGAUGAAUUGCCGACUUCAGCGCUUGUACAAAUCACUCAUACGUAUGCACUAAUUCAACCGAAUUCUCAUUUCACUAAUGAAUUAAAAGAUAAUCUAAUCAAAAGAGAACAAGUUAUUCAGGAUCAAUUCGGUGAAAUGAUUUACUGGUCAGAUAAAUUUGAUAAAUCUGCAACAAAUACAUUUAACAGUAAUAAUAAUAACAAUAACAAUAUUGAACCACGUGAUUUAGAGUCAACAGCUUAUGCUUUUCUAAGUUUAAGUCGACUUCAUCAACCAGUAAAUGCUUUAUUCCCAAUUAUACGUUGGAUAAGUUCAAAACAAAAGUCAAACGGUGGCUUCUAUUCAACACAAGAUACAGUACUUGGACUGGAAGCGAUAGCUGAGUUCGCUAAGAUAUUAGGCGUCCAUAGUAAUAACAAUAAUAAUAAUAAUGAUAAUGAAGAGGAAGACGAAACAGAUGCAUCCUAUAAUGUUCUUCAGAUAUCAAAUCAUGUAAAUAUUGGUAAUUUCAAUAUGAAUGAUUCAAUAACUUUAGAAAAACGACAAGUUAUCAAUCAGAUUGAAUUACCAAAUCUUGAAUUCAAAGAUGCUGAUGUUGAUGCUGAUAACGAUGAUAAAGUGAUACAUUCUGUUUGGAAAUUAACAAGUAAUCAACCUGUAAAAGACUGUAUGCUAGUACAGAAUACCUUCAUUUAUAAUUUACCUGAAGUAGAAAAUGUUAAUACGAAAUUUCAACUGUCAUACCAAAUAAUUCAAAAAACAUCACCAACAGAUGAUGCAAACUGUAAAACAGCUAAACUCGUUAUGUGUUUACAGUUAAAUUCUAGAAUAGAUGAAAACCCUAUAAGUACAGGGAUGUUAUUGAUACGCGUUGCUAUGGUGACUGGAUGGAAACCAAUAGUUGAACAAUUGAAUCUACAAUUAGGCCCUGAGGAUGAUUCUUUAAAAAUGUUGACUAUCAAUGAACAAAAUGAAAUUUCAUUGUAUUUUAAUGAAUUUUCUGAAGAAGAAGCUAAAGAGUUAGGCGACUGGAAGCAACUGAAACGAUGUGUUGAUGUGCCAAUCAAUCAAGCCUAUUAUGUAGAAAAUGCCAAGAAUGCAACAAUAACAGCCUAUGAAUAUUAUUCACCAGAAGAAAGUAUUACUGUCACUUAUCGAUUAAAUGAUUGUAAAGCAGCUUGGGAUAAAAUGGAUAAAAUGCUCCAUAGGACUUCAAGUGAACCAACACCUACAACUAAAACUCCCUUGAAAGGUAACCUAUCCAAAGUGAAAACUGUAUGCCCUGUAUGUACAGACAAAGUUAAUGACACUCAAUUACUUUUAAAUGACAUAUAUAAUUCAGUAUGUCACAAAUCCAAUGGGAUAUAUUUCUUAAAAGUUCAUGAAAUUCAAAAUAACAGUAUAAAUACUGCAAUAACGCAUAUAUCACAAUCCAAUGUCAAAAUAACUUGGAAUACAAUUUUACAAAUGCCUGAUUCAAAUAAAUGCCCUUGUGAAUUAAUCAAAACUCAUCAAAAUCUCGUUGUAAUUUUUGAUAAAUUUGCUGAAAUCUCUCCAGGUAAAGCUAAAUUCAAUAUUGAAACAUUGAAUACACCUGUGAAAUUUAUAUCGAACAAAGAAAUACUACCCAUUCUUGAGCUAGCAGCAGACAAAUGGUCUAACAGUGAAAAAGCAACACUGACUAACAUUUUGACUGAUGAGUUAACUGCUGUUCAUUAUUGUAAAGUAUUACCUAAGCUCGUGGAAUUUAUCAAGCAGACGAAAUAG